UACAGUGUAGCUUUCAUUUUGAUAUUUGGGCACUUAAAAAUAUGGAUUCCAAUAGUAUGGAGAGAAUUGAGAGUCAAAAUCAGAUCCCACAAUCUGAGGACCCCAGCAAAGGAACAUCUUUCUUUAGAACAUGCUUGAAUGGUGUUAAUGCAUUAUCAGGUGUUGGAAUACUAUCAGUACCCUAUGCACUUUCAGAAGGAGGAUGGUUAAGUUUGAUAAUACUUCUCUUGGUAGCAAUUCUAUGUUGCUAUACUGGAUUACUUUUACAAAAAUGCAUGAGUGCCUCUCAGACAAUCAAUACAUAUGCUGACAUUGGUCAAUUUGCUUUUGGAAAAAAAGGGAAAAUAAUAAUAUCAACUUUUAUGUAUCUUGAACUAUACUUAGUUGCAGUUGAGUUCCUCAUGUUAGAAGGUGACAAUUUGCAAAAAUUAUUCCCAAAUGCAAAUAUUCAUGUUGGUGACCUUAAAAUUGGAGGAAAAGAAACAUUUGUCAUGUUAGCUGCUCUUAUAAUAUUGCCAACAACAUGGUUAAGAAGCUUAGGGUUAUUGGCUUAUGUUUCUCUCGGGGGAGUUUUGGCGUCUAUUCUUUUGGUUUGUGUAGUUUUUUGGGUUGGUGCAGUAGAUGGUGUGGGUUUUCAGGAGAAAGGUAUACUUUGGAAAUGGAGUGGAUUGGCGACUGCGGUAAGUAUGUUCACCUUUUGUUAUUGUGGUCAUGCAGUUUUUCCGACACUCGGCAAUUCCAUGAAGGAUAAGAGCCAGUUUCCUAAGGUUCUACUUUUGUGCUUUAUACUAAGCACCAUUACUUAUGGAUCAAUGGCAAUAAUUGGGUACUUAAUGUACGGACAAAAGUUAUUGUCGCAAGUGACCUUAAAUCUCCCCACUGGAAAAGUUAGUUCGAAGAUUGCAAUAUACACGGCGACAAUCAAUCCAAUAACCAAGUACGCUCUUAUUGUCUCACCAAUUAUAACAGUUUUGGUCAUCAGAACAGUUUUGGUCAUCAGCACAGUUAUUGUUGCAUUAGUCGUUCCAUUUUUCGAAUAUGUCAUGACAUUUAUAGGUGCAUUUACGGGCAUUAGUCUGUCAAUAUUGUUUCCAUGUAUCUGCUACCUCAAAAUCAGGAAGCCUUACUCAAGAAGUGUUGGGAUAGAAGUCAUAUUUAUUGGGGUGAUUAUAGUUUUAGGUUCUUUUGUUGCCAUAUAUGGAACUUAUGUUUCGUUGAAAAACAUCAUAAGUCAUGUCCAACAAAAAUGAUGUACAAAAUUUAUAAUUUUUGG